UCGCGACCUCAAGUCCAAGAACGUUCUCGUCGAUGGCAAAAAAGGCGCCAAAAUCACCGACUUUGCUUCGGCCAAGGCCAUGCGCGAGAACGCAUCGACGAUGACGCAGGGCAUUGGCACCUUUCGCUGGCUCGCGCCCGAGGUGCUCAUGGAGUCGCGCUACUCGGCGCCCGCCGACGUCUACUCCCUCGGUGUGCUUCUUGCAGAAAUGUCCAUGUACAAGCGUCCCGAAGUCAAAAUCCUGCAGCAAAUCACGUCGUCGGGUCUGCGCCCGUCCUUGGCGAGGAACGCACCGACGUGGUAUACCGAGUGGGCAACGGCGUGCAUGGCGACCGAGCCCAGUGACCGUCCGACGGCCGCCGACGUGGCCAAGCACAUCCAAGCCUUCCUUGGCGUACCGCGUACGACUCGCUAA